AUGAAAUUGUAUUCACCUCGGCGAUAUGGUUCGCAAGAGUUAGUAACGCAAGUAGCACGUAAGGGGCGCAAAGCGCUAAAGGUUAAGAAGCCCCCACCCGCCCCUCGGGAGAAGAUGGUCAAUGAAAAUGAAAAGGCCAAGACAAUUCCAAGCAGAGACAAAUCAACAGAGCUCGCCGAGUCACACGAGAAGGAAAAAGAUCUAGCCCACGAGAAGGCGCAAAGUAGCAUGUAUCCAUCGUCUUGGCGGAAUCUGAUGGGUGUCCCGUCAAAUAUUUACAACUCGCUCCUGGAUACCAUCAAAACACGUUUCCCUUAUCGUCUGACUGUAUCAAGGACGCCGGAACCUACAUCACAGGCAUUGGUCACAGUACCUAAACCUACAGAUUCAAAAACCACAUCUUCAGCUUCCGAACUCAGUCAUCCAGAAGAAAAAUCUGGAAAAGAAUUGUCUGUUGUUAAACUUGAUCAUUCCAAGGAAGAAACCACCCUGUCACAGGAAUCAGAUUUAUCCAGCAUUGAUAAGAAGCAAGUAGCCCAAGCGGAAUUGACAAGCUUAGUAAACGGAAUUCUGCAGCCAAUAGUAUCGAGGUAUCUAACACCUGAAAAGACCACAAAACUCGUUGAUAAAUCAGUACGGAACAAGAAUGUCGCGUUGAGAUGGGUAGUCAACCAUGUUCCAACCAAAUUUUCAAACUACUUCGUACGUGAGAAAAUCGCGCCAUCGUUUGUGAAAGGUUUUGCUAGUUGGGCAGCGAAGACAAUCAUGAAGUUUUCAUCCGAUCAUAUCUUUGAAGUCUUGCAACGACAUUCCAUCGAGUUUCUAGCCGCCAUCAAUAAAGCUAACGCCCACGCUGCACCACAUCCGACGUAAGGGAGA